CCUUUCUCUCUCACCGUGCCCGUCCUUCUACAAUCUCGGCUCUGGCUUUCACGCUGUCGGCUAUACUCCAAGAGUAGUAUACGUCUCAUGGGCAAAACAGCGCCCUCUGUCUCUCGUGUCUACCCCGACGUUAACGCUAAGCUUGGCCCUUCAUGGCACGAGUAUGACAACCUCCAGGUGCAGUGGGGAACGCAGGACCACUACGAGAUCGUUCGCAAGGUUGGGCGGGGGAAGUAUAGUGAGGUAUUCGAGGGAGUAAAUAUUGUAACCGAGGACAAGUGCAUAAUCAAGGUCUUGAAACCGGUGAAGAAGAAGAAGAUAAAACGUGAAAUCAAGAUUUUGCAGAAUCUCGCAGGCGGGCCGAACAUUGUCGCUCUUUUGGAUGUUGUACGCGACCCCGCGUCCAAAAUACCCAGUCUCAUCACCGAAUACGUCCACAACGUGGAGUUUAAAGUGCUCUACCCUCGCUUCACGGACCUCGAUGUCCGGUAUUAUAUGUUCGAACUCCUCAAGGCGUUGGAUUACUGUCACUCAAAAGGCAUCAUGCACCGAGAUGUCAAGCCUCACAAUGUUAUGAUAGACCACGAGCAUCGAAAGCUUCGCCUAAUCGAUUGGGGACUGGCAGAAUUCUAUCAUCCCAAGACAGAGUACAACGUCCGUGUAGCCUCGCGUUACUUCAAAGGACCGGAGUUGCUGGUCGAUUUCCAAGAAUAUGACUAUUCCCUUGAUAUGUGGAGCUAUGGCUGUAUGUUCGCGUCGAUGAUUUUCAGGAAGGAGCCUUUCUUCCACGGUCACGACAACUACGAUCAGCUUGUCAAAAUAACCAAGGUUCUGGGAACGGAUGAACUCUACGCGUACAUCGACAAGUAUAGCAUUCGUCUCGAUCCACAAUAUGACGAGCUUCUGGGGAGAUACCCUAGGAAGCCUUGGACACGGUUCAUAACCUCCGAAAAUCAACGAUAUAUUUCCAACGAGGCCAUCGACUUGUUAGACAAGCUAUUACGGUAUGACCACCAGGAGCGUUUAACUGCCAAAGAGGCUCAAGCGCAGCCAUACUUCGAUCCUGUGCGAUCUGAUGGGGCAAGCGAUAAUCAUUGA